GUAAGCAGGCGGGGAGGGCUGUGAUGCUGCCGGAAUACUGCCCCCUUCCCUCCCACACCUCCCUCGCUCGUCCUCCGGCUUCCAGGGGAAUCGGCUUUGUUGUGAUCAGUAUCCAGAUUUUACGCGGGUUACCUAAAUCGCAUCAGUAAACUAACGGUGCCUCGCAAACUGGGAUGUAUUAAAUGCAUGUACUGUCUCUUUAAGUUCUCCUAGUUGGUUCGUUUCGUAUCGAUCAAUCCUCCAUUUUCCAACACGCUCAACAGCGGUAGUAGGACAGCGACGGCGACAACAUAGAUUCUGCUACCUGGAGACGCCUGGACCCGGCGCACUCAUGGCAGCCAAUAUGUACCGGGUCGGAGAUUAUGUCUAUUUUGAAAAUUCAUCAAGUAACCCCUUAUUAAUCAGAAGAAUAGAGGAACUGAACAAGACGGCCAAUGGUAACGUGGAGGCUAAGGUGGUUUGUUUCUACCGACGCAGAGACAUCUCCAGCACGCUCAUCGCCCUGGCGGACAAGCAUGCGCGGGAGUUGGAGGAAGAGAUGGAAAACCCUGAGAUCGUGGAUCUCCCAGAGAAGCAGAAACACCAGCUGAGACACAGAGAGCUCUUCUUGUCCCGCCAACUCGAAUCUCUACCUGCCACACACAUCCGAGGCAAAUGCUGCGUUACUCUGCUGAAUGAAACCGAAGCCCUCAAAUCGUACCUAGAUCGAGAGGAUGCCUUUUUCUACUCCCUGGUGUACGACCCUCAGCAGAAGACCCUGCUAGCAGAUAAGGGGGAAAUCCGUGUCGGGAACAAGUACCAGGCCGACAUCACAGACUUCCUCAAAGAAGGAGAACAGGAUGGACGGGACCUGUCCAAGCUGGAAGAGAAGGUGUGGGACCCCAGUAGUCCUCUGACAGAGAAACAGAUUGACCAGUUUCUUGUGGUGGCCCGGUCUGUGGGGACCUUCGCUCGAGCUCUGGACUGUAGCAGCUCCAUCCGGCAGCCCAGCCUCCACAUGAGUGCAGCCGCUGCAUCCCGGGACAUUACUCUGUUCCACGCCAUGGACACCCUACACAAGACGGGCUACAACAUGAACCGAGCCAUUGCUGCUCUGGUCCCGCAAGGUGGGCCGGUUCUGUGCCGAGACGAGAUGGAGGAAUGGAGCUCCUCAGAAGCGAAUCUGUUUGAGGAAGCUCUGGAGAAGUAUGGCAAGGACUUCGCCGACAUCCAGCAAGACUUUCUGCCCUGGAAGUCGCUAACAAGUGUUAUUGAGUAUUACUACAUGUGGAAGACAACGGAUCGAUACGUUCAACAGAAACGGUUAAAAGCAGCGGAAGCAGAAAGCAAGCUAAAGCAGGUGUACAUCCCUAACUACAACAAACCCACCCCGAAUCAGCUGAAUGUGAAUAAUGUGAAGCCCGGAUUGGUGAAUGGUGCAGGGGCGGCGCUGGGUCCUCCGAGCCAGACAGCUGCACUGGGUCGGGCCUGUGAGAGUUGUUAUACUAGCAGCUCCUACCAGUGGUAUUCCUGGGGGCCACCUAACCUGCAGUGUCGCUUGUGCGCCUCCUGCUGGACCUACUGGAAGAAGUAUGGGGGUCUGAAGAUGCCCACUCGGCUGGAUGGCGAGCGGCCCGGACCCAACCGCAACAACAUGAGCCCCCCCAGUCUGCCAGUGAGACACAGCGGAAGUCCCAAAUUUGCUGUCAAAACACGGCAGGCGUUUUACCUGCAGACUUCCCAGAUGACGCGGGCGGCCCGGCGCGUCUGUCAGGACCUCCUACGCCCUAAAUACCUGGCCCGUCACCCCUACGCACCAGUAAACACCACCGCCAUCAAGGCAGAGUGUGAGAACUUCCCUCGAUCUACCGUUUCAAAAGCAGGAAGAGUUUGGGUUACGGAUUCCCUGACGCGAGAUGUCCCUUUUGACUGUGCAGUGAGGUUGCCCGAGAUGCAGAAGAACUCCGUCUCAACAAAGCAGGCAACGAGGAAGCCGCUGGAGUCUGUGGUGCGAUAUCUAGAAGCCCACCCCUGCCCCCCCAAACCAGACCCGCCACGCAGCACUGGCAUCUCCACAGGAAGUCUGACACCCAUAAAAUCCUCGCCGAUCCUCAACACCGGCUCACCCACCAUUCUGGGAAAGAGGACCUACGAGCAGCAUAACGGGCUUGACGGAACAAAGCCCAAAAUCAUGGCACCUCAGUGGGAGAUUAUGUCCAAAAGGGCAUUGGACUCGGGGCGCACUUCGGCCCCCCAGCAUGAGAAGGUCCACGAGCUGGACUGAUCCUCCUGGGGAGCUUCUUUUUUUUUAUCUGGGAGAAAUCGAAGUAAUACACCAUUUGAUUUGAAAUGUCUGGCCCUCGUGUUUCACCUCAGCGGGGAAUAUUUUGAAGAACUUUUCAAUGCCGGACACCAGCUUUUCAUGGAGAACAUCUCCAACCAGAUGCUAUUCUGCCUCUGCAGCUCUGGCUCUUACAGGUCAUCAUCUAAAAGAACGGACAAGACCGAAGAGCAGAUCCCAGCUUUGGACCCUCAUAUGAUUGAUCAGACUCUAAGGGACCGUGCUUAUAAUUACCAUUGUCGUUAGUCGUCAUUGUAAUUAUUAUUGUUAUUUUUAUCAGUUAUAAUACUUUCUGAUGAGUUAACAGUUGAUCAACGAAGAAACCUCGAGUUUCAAAAAAAUGAACUUCUUGCAUACCCUGUGAAUGGAAGGACUUUUCAUAAACCACGCAACAAUGUUUAUUUUUUUUUUUAACAUGUUUAAAAGUGAUUUUAAAAUGAGAGGAACUUUGCGUUCAGUGACAUGAGUAACUUUGUUUCGUUUCUUUGGAGCUUUUAGCUGUUUUAUCGGCUGGCCUGGUCCCUGGCCAGGGAGGUUUAACUUAUUAAGACAAAUUAUAAAAUGUGUUGUUUUUUCUACCUUUUUCACAAACUACCGCAUCUGAAGUUCAACCAUGUAAUUAAGGAUUAAAUUGAUUCUUUCUCUUU